CGCGCAGCUGCUAUGCUGUUGCGUCGUCGUUGGCUGGGUCCUGGGCUGCAUCGCUGGCGAAGCUCGCUGGCGACGUUCCGCCGUGCCACGUGCGAGUGUCGAAAAUAAAUGUAGCAUGCGGCAUGUGCCGAAUUCAUUUCGGACGGUACAAAAGAUUUGGAUAUGUUGCAGUCGGUGGUCCGCGUUGGCGUCCGCCAUGGCGCCCGCGCGCUCAUGGUCGCCGCUCGCCCGUUGCCGCGCUUUGUCCGUAGUGAGACGCCGCUGAUGCAUUCGCGUCUGCUCAUGCUGCCGAUCGACAUGCGCGGCCGGCACUUGUCCACGCGUGCGCUGGAAGACAACCCGCCCGACUGCCCGCAGUGCGCCGGCGCCAACACGUACUUUGAUGGCGUCUCGCUCUUUGUGUGCCCCGACUGUAGCCACGAUUGGGCCGUGGCCGCCGACGCAGCGGCUGACGCAGAGACCAAUGACGUAUUCCGCGAUGGCUUUGGCACAGUGCUCCAGAACGGCGACUCGGUCACCCUCUCCAAGGAGCUCAAGGCCGGGUCUGUCGUCUUGAAGAAGGGCACGAAGGUCAAGAGCAUCCGGCUCGGCGCGUACGGCGACGGCCACGACAUCUCGUGCUCGAUUCCCGGAAAGGGCGCAUUCCACCUCAAGACGCAGUUUGUCAAGAAGGCUUAAUAAGCGACCAAUCUAAGUCGUCUCCUACUUACAGCAUGUACGA